AUGUCUGCUCAGGAUCGCGUUCAGAACUACAUCGGCCAGCUCGAUCGUGAGCUGUCCAAGUACCCCGCCCUUAAUAACAUCGAGAAGUCGACCAAUGUCCCCAAGGCGUACGCCGUCAUCGGAGUCGCCUCCCUCUACUUUUUCCUCAUUAUUUUCAACCUCGGUGGCCAGCUUCUCACCAACAUCGCUGGCUUCGUCAUUCCUGGAUACUAUUCCCUGAACGCUCUGUUCACUGCAAGCAAGCAGGAUGAUACCCAGUGGCUGACCUACUGGGUCGUCUUUGCCUUCUUCACCGUUGCCGAGAGCCUUGUCAACGUUGUCUAUUGGUUCCCCUUCUACUUCACCUUCAAGUUCGUUUUCCUGCUGUGGCUCGCUUUGCCUGCUUUCCGCGGUGCUGAGAUUAUCUUCAACUCCUUCCUCUCCCCCAUGCUGGCCAAGUACUUCGCCGGUGCCUCGACCGCCUCUGGCCUCCGUGCCCAGGCUGGCAAGGCCGAGUAA